GCGAGAAACAAUGUUGUGCAAAUAUAAGGACAAAAUCCAUCUCUUUAUGUUCAUGGUGCUGGUCCUUCAGCUGUUAUCCAGGACUGCAGCGCAGUCGUGUGCCAGGAGCUGUGGAGAGAAGUUUAACACAUGCUCCUGUCAUGCAACAUGUGAAUCUCUGAGGGACUGCUGUGCUGAUUAUAAACAGUUUUGCCUUGACAUUGAACCACACUCUGGAUCUUUGCUGGGAGGCACAGCCUUUAAAAUCCUCAAUGCUACAUUUGAGCAGAACAUUAACCUCACUUGCAGGUUUGACUCAGAGAUUCUGACGGAGGGCUAUGUGGAUGAGAGCGGAGUGGGUCACUGUAUCACUCCUCUGCUCUACGAGUUGGGCUGGAUCUCUUUUGAGGUGUCCACAGAUGGAGUCAGCUUCGACAGAUCAGGGCGGUGGCUCUCAGUCCACCACAGUAAGCUGGGUCCUGAUUACAAGAUCAUUCUGGUCAAUGACAAACAGUGGCAGUACUACGGCACUCCUGACGUCAGCGGGGAUCUAGAGAUGAUCUGGAUCUCAUCUCUAAUAAAGGCAGAGAGAGUCAACAUCGAGCUGUGGGGUUACAAUGAGACUGGAGAGGAAUAUUCUGCGAACUGGGAGGCGGAGUGGAAGUAUCUGUACACCGUGGGCAGGGAUGUACCCAACAGUGGAGUUUUCAGUUUCACCCCACAGAUCGCCGAAAAACCAUACUUCCUUUGGGACAUAGGGAGCAUACGGGUCAGCCCCAGCACUAAACCAGACGGAGCCCAGAAUGUUAACGCCCUGUGGAGUGAAGCGCAUGCGAUCGCCUGGCAUCUUGAGGAGGCCUUCAGGACGGACUCUGCAGGCUGGGCCCUGGAGAAGUGCAUCAAUUGGGAUAAAGAAGAGAAAGCAAUGCCCAACUUCCUGACUGAGAUCACCGAUUGCCCCUGCACAUUGGCCCAGGCCCGUGCUGACACCGGAAGAUUUCAUACCGAUUAUGGCUGUGAUAUCGAGGCAGGUAGUUUCUGUGUUUACCAUCCAGGUGCGGUUCACUGCGUCAGAGCCAUUCAGGGCAGUCCCGAGUAUGGUGCGGGUCAGCAGUGUUGUUAUGACAGCACUGGAGCUCAGGUGCUCACGGGAGACUCUAUCGGUGGCAGCACCCCAGAUCGAGGGCACGACUGGGGCGAGCCUCCGUACAAGAAACCACCCAGAGUCCCAGGGUUCUCUCACUGGAAGUAUGAUGUAAUCAGCUUCUACUACUGCUGCCUGUGGUCAGACAACUGCAGAUACUACUUCACUCACCGCCCGUCCAGCGACUGCAGAACAUAUCGUCCUCCUAGAGUCGCUGCUGUACUUGGUGACCCCCACUUUGUGACAUUCGAUGGUGUGACUUUCACCUUCAACGGGAAAGGAGAGUACGUUCUGGUUUCCUCCUCAGACCAUGAGCUGUCUGUGCAAGGCAGGACUGAACCCAUGAGAUUUGAGAACGGUACUGUUGCUAUGGCGACACGACUCAGUUCGGUGGCCAUGCGGGAGAACGCCUCUGAUGUCAUCGAGGUGCGUCUCGGAGACCGAGUAGAUGAGCUGCAGGUCUUAAUGAACCAACAGGUGCUUUCCUUCUCUGAGCAAAACUGGAUCGACCUUUCGGGUGUUUUUGUUUUUUCCUCUAAAGCCACUAAUGUGACUGUGAUGUUUCCGUCGGGGACGGGGUUAGAGGUCAGGGCAGGUGAAGGGGUCAUGACCUUUACCGUUUUACUGCCACAUGACUUACAGAACCACACGCUAGGGCUGCUCGGCACAAUGAAUGACGACCCUGAAGAUGAUCUGACCUCGAGUAAUGGAGUGAUCAUCCCUCUCAACAGCAGUGCACUGGACAUAUUCACCUAUUGUGCUGGCUGUGAGUAA